CGGUGUAGCUCUUCCGCUGUCGCCCCGGUCAGGUAGAAGGUGCUGCCGGGGCCGGUGGUUACGGGGCGGCCCGGUCCGGUGUGGCUUAGCCUACGACGCGCGGGGAGCUCGGCGCUGCCCCUAGAGAGCGCGGUGGGGACGCGCCCCUCCCUCCCGCGGGUUCGCCGGGCGGAGCUCGGCCCGUGCGGUUGGCGGCCGGAGGUGGGCUGGGAGCUGGGUCUGGAGAACAGGCCUUGGGAGAGGCGGCUGAAGGAAGGGGGGUGUUUAACCUGGAGAAAAGGAGGCUGAGACCUCAUCGCUGUCUGCAGCUGCCUGGAAGGAGGGUGUAGAGAGAACUGUUAGUACCUGUGAUAUGAUACCCCAAGUUCGAGUGUGAAAGUAGAAGGCAAAACUUCAUAUGGCAGCCACUGCUGCACUGAAGCAUUAAAUUACUCUGAAGCUAUUCCUGCUGGUUCUGGAUCUGCACAUGCUCACUAUUCACACCGCGAGUGAGCCAGUAAUCAAGAAGCAUGGGCGAAGUAGUUACUAACAGCAGAUGAACUGCCCAUUGUUGAAAAUUGUGGCAAAUUGUCUAUCACAUCUAGUGAUUAAAUUCAAGACAUGGGGCCAAUGAAAUACAAAUCAAGUGUGUCCUCGGUGUCCUGUGGUCUGCAGUAUCACCAUUUGUUGAUAAAGUGGAGUCCAAAAAUGAAUGUACACAUAGUGCGGACUUAUUGCUCAUCAGCACCUAAGAGACCUGAAGCCAAAUCUGCGAUAGAAAUGGCCGUGGGUGUUUUCAGUCGGCUGACGGAAGCUGGAACCGUCAUGGGAAAAAACUCCCUUCAAAAAAUAUCUGCAACCUGCAAGAGCUGGUGGGACAGAUAUGAAGAAUUUGUUGGGAUUAAUGAAGUUCGAGAGGCUCAGGGAAAAGUCACAGAGGCUGAAAAGGUUUUUAUGAUAGCUCGAGGGAUAGUACGAGAGGCUCGUGAAAACGUAGAAGCCCAACAGAUUAAACUGAAGGAAAUUCGGGACCGCUUAGACAGGGUCUCUCGGGAUGACACCCAGUACUUGGAGCUGGCUACACUGGAACACAGGUUGCUGCAGGAAGAGAAGAGGUACCGAGCCACGUAUUUAAAUGCAGAAGAAUCUGAGAGAGAAAAAUUUUCCCUCUUCUCUGCAGCUGUAAGGGAAAGCCAUGAGAAAGAGCGAACAAGAGCUGAAAAAACAAAGAACUGGUCUAUUAUUGGUUCUGUACUGGGAGCCAUUAUAGGUGUUCUUGGUUCCACCUAUGUUAAUCGAGUAAGGCUGCAAGAACUAAAAGUCUUGGUGCUUGAAGCACAGAAGGGCCCAAUAAAUCUUCAAGAAGCCAUCAAAGAACAGGCUUCCAGUCAUUACUUACAGCAGAAGGAUCUCAGUGAGGUCAUAACAGACCUGAAAAAUCUGCUUCAAACAAGGACAUCACAGGAAAUAAAAGAAGGCAUUGUAUUAAGUGGACAAAACAGGAAUGACUCCAUAAAACUAGAUUCUCUUUUAAUUCCUUUAAACGAACAGCUAAACUACACUAAACAAGUCAGUUCAUGUCUAGGGAGUUUACAGCAGCAGUUUAGCAGUUUGCAGGAAAGUGUAGCGCAAAUGAUUUCUGAGGUGCAGGGUGUUAAACUUGCUGUUCAUUCUAGACCUAUGGAAAGAGUGAUGCCAAGGCCUUCAGUGGAGAGUAAAGGCCAGGCUUCUGCUGUGAGAGAUGUAAUUUUGGAGUUGUGUGAUACUGAGCGGAGACUGGAAAUACAAAUCAAGAGAAAUUCUAUUUACAGCACUGCAAUCACAUGCGCUGUGUUUGCGAUUACUUUGCCAGUCCUCUAUGUAAUAUUUAAAGGAAAUUGAUAUCUAAUUAAUUGCCACAGUUUACUAGAUUAAUAAAAGUAAACUUGUACUCUUAAGUACUUACAGUACAAGUCAAAAUAAAGUUGCAUUAGCGUUUCUCGUUUUGCUUUCUCCUUGAUGUUUGGAAAACUCAUAAAGACAGCCCAACUACUCUGCAGGCUCAAUGUUAGCAGUCUUUGUCCUGCUUUGUGAUUUUUAACUCCUCAAGCAAAGGAAAUUUCACAAUUUCGUCUGUUGAUUUCAUUCGCUGCUUUGCUCUUUUACUGUCUAAUCUUGUCUAUCAUGUCAAUCAUUGACUUUCACUCUGCAGUGGCAUUCGUGAUUUUCUGUUCAAAUGGUUCUUUUAAUCUAUCAUCGAUCUAAGUGCUUCAGAUGUAAUCUUUUAUAAUUUUGCUCCUGAUUUCUAUACAGUUUUGCAAUUUGUCCAUGCACAAAACAUUAGGAGUCAUUUUACUGAACAGGUAGAAAUAUUUACCCUGAAGUUUUUGUUUUCUUUUGUUUAAAUUCUAGAUACAACGCAGUGACUUGCAAUUUGACAAACGGCAGGGGCCAUGAAAAUAAAACGAGUUGAAGUUAUCAUGAUAACGAUGUGGCUGUACAGCCAGAUCAUGCAUUUAAAAUACGUUUAAGUUACCUAUGGUAACUUUUUCCUAGGAUAGUUUAUCAUGGAGUAUCCAAAAGCAUUUCUGGAGCCCCAGCUAUUAGUUACUGUUAGCUCCAAGUCCUUAAAGGCUUGCAGACAGAGGGAAAAAUUAUUGAGAUGUAGGGUUGUAUAAAGCAUGAUGAUGAUAAUUCUGCAGAUGCAAGACAGUUGUCCUUUCUCUUCUUUCUCUUCGGACUCCUUCACCCAUCAUUCCUUAGGUAUUUUGUGGUUUUAGUAAUGAUCUAUGGAGCAAUCACUUUCUUAACCUUACUAGUAUCUCUUGCUGGAACUUGCUCCGUUUUUUAUUCUUUUUUCAAUUUUUUUUUUUUCUGUCUGGGAAUCAGAGUGUUACUCUACAGCAGGCGGUUUCAGGCUGGUACAUUAAUGGUAGUAAUGUUAUGCAAACUACUCCAAAAUAAUAUUUGGAAAAAAGUGAAAGGUCCAGCUGCUUGUUUUUCCUGGAAGAGGUGAAGAAUAGCUGAUUGUCUAAACAGCUAAACAUCAGUAUCUGUGUGUGGCCUAACACAAAGUUGUUGUCACUCUGAUAAGAAAUAGUUUUCUCCCUGCGAUGGCAGCAGAUAAGCAAAUCAGAUGUGGAACGCCUUUAUAAGCACUCUGUGGAACCUUUGCAGACAAAGGAGCGACACGCUCACUUCACAGUGUAAUGCCUUUGUGUAAGCAUUUAGGAAUGACUAAGUUGUGUUUAACAUACAGUCUGCUGUGGGUUUUUAUUCUCAUCAACUCUUUCUAGUUUCUUAUCCCCAGUGACCAUAUCAAAGGUGUUUGAGGUUUUGAUUUUAAGCGUCUAAGACUGCGAGAUCCUUGGGACAGGGACAUUUGCUUGAUGAAGCACCAACUUCAUUUGGUAUCGUUAGGUGAUGACUGAAUAAGCAAACAAUAUCAGGAGAGAUCUGUGGUGAUUCACUGCUUGUAAGGGAGAUAAAGUAUGUAAAAAGUGGUUUUGGGAAGGACUGCUGCUGAUUUAUACAUUGAUUGGAGUGUAAAGUGAAUAACAAGCAUUUGUCACGGAAGCUGUUUGAUCUGAUGGCUUGAGAACUGGGAUAAGAAUUCCCAUGCACUUAGUUGCAUCAAGAAGUGUACGUACAGGUCAAUACAAUUUUUCAACUCUAAUAUUUCGUUUUCUCGUUUGACAAAUGUUUUUACAGGUUAUACUUGCAGGAGCUUUAUAAAAAUCAGAGACAAGUGUGCAAUUAAAGGGGCUGCAAGGGUACAAUGGUUCUAUUUGUAAUGUGCUGGCACCACUCACUGAGAAUUUUGUUCUGGUUCUUUUUGUUUCUUUCAGUUUAACUACAUGAAGUUAGGCCCCUUUAUUAUGUAAGUGGCUGAAUUUUAGCUACUCAGCGUCACUGAAAAGUAUGGAUUACAUGUACAAACAUUUAUACAGUUUUAAAAUGCUGAAUGUAAGGCAGCUAAAUUUUAAAAGUAGAGGCAACAUUCACUGAAUUGUACUUGGUGGCAUCAAAAAUUAGUAGAAGUCUGAGGCUAAUCUUGUGUGCAAUAAAUAAGAGGAUACAAAACCAAGGGGUGUUUAUUGCUCUAGAGAGGCAUGAUUUUACCCAUUUAAAGGAGGUACAAUGGUAGCUUUUACAUUAUGUAGACUUAUGGUAAGAAAAAGAGAGUGAGAACAGUAGCAAAUUAGUCUGUGAUAAAUCAGAGUUUGAAAUACACAGUCUGAAAUUUGAGAAGGGCUGGGUGGUGUGAUGUGUAUCAAGAUGUAAAUAACUGGAUCUCAUCUCUUGUAGGGAGUAUGGAAUAUUCAGGAAUAG